AUGCCAAUCAGACAGCUUCCCUCCGACGUAGCCUCCAAGAUCGCCGCCGGUGAGGUUAUCGAGCGUCCGGCUUCCGUAGUCAAAGAGUUGGUGGAGAACUCCAUUGAUGCCGGGGCCACCAGAAUCGAGACGGUAAUUCGAGAGGGCGGGGUCGCGGAGAUCCGCGUUUCGGACGAUGGUAGCGGCAUCCCAGCCGACGAAGUUUCACUGGCAUUUCUUCGCCAUGCUACGAGCAAACUCACCACGGUUGACGAGUUGCAGUCCGUGGCAACCCUUGGAUUUCGUGGCGAGGCGUUGCCCAGCAUCGCCGCCGUUUCCCGCGCUACCCUGACCACACGAGCCACCGGAGCGGACUCAGGUGUCCGAAUCCAGUUGAGAUACGGCGAAACGGCCGGCCUCGAUGAGGUGGGCUGCGCUCCGGGCACCACAGUGCAGGCGCAGGAACUGUUCGGCAACCUGCCCGCCCGCCGGAAGUUUUUGCGAUCCUCCGCUGCGGAAACGGCACGCAUACAGGAAGUUGUCAGCCGUUAUGCGUUGGCGAGUCCGGGCGUCAAAUUCACCCUCACCGCCGAUGGUCGGACCAUCCUGGAUACACCGGGGAGCGGCCGCGCACGGGAUGCGGUAUUGUCCGUUUACGGGUCGGACAUUGCCUCACAAAUGCUGCCCGUGUUGCACGUGGACGGCGACAUUUCCAUUGACGGAUUCGUAAGCACACCGCAAAUCAGUCGCGGCAACCGGUCGUACAUGACUUUGCUGGUUAAUCACCGUUGGGUGUUUGACGGGUCCAUCGCCUAUGCCAUCACACAGGCAUACCAGGGGAUGCUGCCGGACCGCCGGUAUCCCGUUGCCGUAAUCAACGUGGUGAUCCCGGCCCACGCGGUGGACGUUAAUUCUCACCCUUCCAAGCGGGAGGUUAGAUUCCGCAACGCGGACCGACUGUUUUCUGCGGUGCACUACGCCGUCAGGGACGCUUUGCUGGCCCACGCUCCAGUUCGGCAGGUAGUCUCCGUCCCGACCCCGGUUCAUACCGAUGCGCCCGCAACCUCCGCUCCUGCUCAACCACACCUGGCUCCAGGAACAUCGCACUCUCCCGCAGGCCCGCAGGCCUCAUCGGGCCAAGCGCCUUUGCCAACGACUCAAUUGGCCCCUUCAGCAGGAUCUUUGCGCGAAGUGCUGGCGUCGCUGAGGGUGGUGGGCCAGAUCAGGCAAACCUAUAUCGUGGCGGAGGGACCCGAGGGCAUGUAUCUGGUCGACCAACACGCCGCUCACGAAAGAGUCGUUUUCGACCGUCUGCGCCAACAGGCAAAAAACCAGCAGCGAAUAUCGCAACCCCUGCUGUCGCCCACGCCCUGCGAUUUAUCGAUUGCUCAGGCUGCGACCAUGGAGGAAUACGCUGAGUUGUUGGAAUCCUAUGGGUUUGGCAUUGAAGCGUUCGGCAACAACACCUGGUUAUUGCGGGCGGUUCCAGCAUCCCUGGCAGACGGUGGCAAGGGAGUUACCGACCCCGUUCGAAUCCUGCUGGAGUUACUCGACGCCAUCGCCCUGGAACAGGUCAUUAUGGGACGGGAGGAUGCGCUGGCGGCAACGAUCGCGUGCCACGGGUCGGUACGGGCCGGGAUGAACCUGACGAUAGACGAAAUGUCGGCGUUACUGGAACAACUCGAGGUUACACCCGAUCCUCACAGCUGUCCGCAUGGUCGCCCCACCGUGGUGCGUUUCACCGAAUACCAGCUGGAACGCGAAUUUCGACGCCGAUAG